CGUUCCAGCGUCCUGAACGCGCGGGCGCGGUCUCUGUUGCAGAACUGGCAGCUGGUGAACACGGCCGUGCUGACGGCCCGGCAGAUCUCCCAGGCCAUGAAGGUGUUCAUCGUGAGCCAGGCCGGGCGCGUGGCGGACGUGACGCUGCAGUCGUCGUGCAAGACGGAGGACGACAGCGUGCUCAAGGUGUCGUCGUCGUGCACCUCGGUGUACGUGGACGGCUCCGAGAUCCGCGGCUCCAGCAACGGCACCGUGCUCGUCAAGUACGGCACCUACACCGGCAUGGCGCGCUUCACCGUCUGGAUGCCCGUCUUCCCCCUGGAGGUGGCCGUGCAGGACUACCGCCUGUCGCAGAUCAAGGGCUGGCGCGUCCCCGACCCGGACGCCAACCCCGCUAAGUCCAAGCGCUCUACUGGUGACGACGUCGACUCGUGGGACCACUCAGCCGCCGCGGCCGCGGCCGGCAUGGUGGUGGAGGACGUACACAACAGCCUGGAGCACGACCGGGAGCGCCAGUCCACCUGCCGCGCGCGCUUCCAGCAGAGCCCCGUCGAGGUGUACGCGCGCUUCAAGGCGGAGGACCACGACUCUGGGCGGGAGAGCUACUUCGUGUCGAGGCGCACGCUGCUGCUCGUCACCGACCUGGUGCAGGGUUACAUGCGCGUGUCCGACCCGCGCAUCGCCACCCUGUACGGCCGGGUGGUGCAGGGCCGCACGAGCGGGCGCACCGAGGUCCAGGUGCUGUCGCCCAUCACGGGUCGCGUGAUCGGUUCCAAGGAGGUCCGCGUCGUGACGGACAAGGUGAGCGUGAGCAGGAUGCUGGUCCGGGUCGUGUCCGGGCUGCAGCUCUCCAUCACGGCGGACUCGGCCAUCGAGAACGGCUACGUGGCGGAGACCUCCGUCACUCGCAAGCUGACGGCCCAGUACCAGGAGGGGCUGCUAGACAUUGACAUCGAGUUCUCGGACGGCACGCGGACGCCGCUGCGCGAGGUGGCCGUCAGCGACUACCACCUCAUGGUGGAGAGCCUGGCGCCGGACAUCGUGGCCUUCGCGCCGAUGAUGGCGUCGCCGCACCCGCGGGUGAUCGCGGUGCGCCAGGGCCGCGGCGACCUGCUCAAGGUGACGCUGCUGCCGGCCGAGGUGUGCCGGGGCGUGAUGCGCCGCGCCAAGCCCAAGUCCAUCACGAGCCACGUGCCGCUGGCGGUCGCCACGGCGCAGGUCGAGGUCAACUUCGCGUCGAGCGACGUCGCGCAGCGGCCCGAGUUCGUCCAGAACGACGGCGGCGGCAUGGCGGGCUCGGGUGGCAAGGACCGCAAGGGCGGCCGCGACAUGCCCGACCUGCAGGACAUUCUCAUCGGCAUCCCGCUCAAAGACGAGAACAACCACGAGCCCACGGUGCAGGCGCGGCAGCACUCGUCCAACGGCGGCGGCGUCCUCAUGACGGGCCUCGGCAAGACGGCCGUCGUGGCGUCCGGCCCGCGGCACCACGGCAACGUGCACACCACGCCGCUCGAGAUCGGCAUGUACGUGCUGCUGGCCGCCUUCUGCUUCGCCAUCGUCGUGUUCGUCGUGUCGUGCGUCGUGUACGCGUCCAAGUUCAGCCCGCAGCAGCCCCUGGACCAGCUGGCGCAGACGGCGCCCCAGGGCGUGGGCGGCGCGCUCGGCCGGCCCCAGGGCGUGGCCGGCAUGACCGGCAUGGGGGUGGCCAUGGUGAAGAGGCAGCUGCAGCCGCAGUCCAGGGACUCCACCACCAACGUGCACGACUGGGUGUGGCUCGGCAGGGCCACCCUGGAGCGCGGCUCCGUCGCCGGCCACCCCGUCCCCGCCUCGGCCACCACCAACUCGAGCGCGCGCUCCGGGCCCCCGCUCAACAUCAACAGCCCGGUGAUACAUAUCACUACCAACCCCAACUAUGCGGAUCCUACCGAUGUGACGGAGGAAAUGGAGUUGGCUAUUGCCGAGUGCCUCAGCGUGCCGGAGAGGGUUGUCAACGCUGAGCCCGUCGUGUCCGCACGCAUCGAUAGUUCCACAUAUUGCAAAAAGGACCGCGACAAAGACAGAUCUCGCGACAAAGAACGACGUGGAGAGAAGCGUCACCACCAUCACCGAGGGCACAAGUCAUCCCAGGAGAUCAACCCGGAUGGCUGGAAGCUGUAAGUCUGGCUUAUCACCACCGCCAGGUGAAAAAAUUCACUUUAACACGUUCAGUGCCAGGCCAUUUUUAAUUUAAAAAGUGUCCGACCUCACGGUGGUCGUGCGGCACAAGGGUGCCAAAAAGUGAACGACCUCUGGUGUGGUCGUGUGGCAUUUAAGCGCCUAACAUUGCCCAAGAGCCCGGCAGAGACUGCCACGACCACGGAGAGGUCGUAUGG